GAACUCAAUGUCUCAUCUGACCGAGAAUCCUGCAGUCAUCCAUGCUUUUUGGGAGUAGGAUAAGAGGACUGAACUCAUAAGAGCGAGGCGUUAGCUCCAGAACAUAUAAAACGGGGCGUAACAACUAGUGUCUUUUUGAAUCACUCAGCUCAUUCCGUUUUCCUUUUCGAAUCUUGAAGAGCAAUGACAUCCGGUUGGUCCCCCAGUUUCGGCGAGUACAUCGACACAACGGUCGCAGUCUCUGACCAGAGCCGUGGACCUGCGGUUUCCAAGAGUGCUGUGGGAAAUUAUGUGCUCAAUGGCACGAUAUACGUUGGGCAGUAUGUGACACAUAAGGAAAGCGUUGAUGGACGACCCGAUUUCAGACACUCCUCCUCCCAGGGGCUCCUAUUAGAUAGGCCUUGGGAUAUUAUUUUUGUGAUCGAUAUCGAGUUACCUCAAGUUUUUAGGUGUCGUAUACUCUCUUUGUUUGAAAGUUGCAUUCCUGUAUUUUUACUGCGCGCCGAUGUACCAGAGUUAUGUAUUGACCUAUCCAUUUACUAACAUUCAUUCACGAAUAUCCCAUUUGACUUCCCGAAGGUUGGCCAGGCGUCGAUGACGUCGUAUAUUUCUUUAAUUCUAUAUAGGAUUCACACCCAUUCAAGUGUACUCUCCCCCAGAGAUCUCGUAGCGCCCUCGCAACCUUGUACCUGUCCACAGCCCAGCCUUAUCAUUCGGAUGAAAGUCAUUUAUUCGGAGGGAAAAACGAUGCACAUUUACUAGGAU